AUGCAAAUAUCGAUUCCAAGUUCAAUGCAAAGAACAAUCGAUAAUGAAAUAGGUUUAAAUUAACGAAUAAACAAAACCUCAUCCCUACUGUAAGCUGUCAAAAUCACAGACCAAACGCAGAUAAAUAAACACUAGUAAAAACUUUAAAAAGUGAACUUAAUAUGCAUACCUAUUAUAGGUAUCAUCAUUUAUCCGUAUCCAGUAAAUAACUGGUCACCUGGUGUGUGUAAAUGUACGAACUAAUGAUAAGUAAAACGAAGUAAACUUUAUAGCAAAUAGCAACAAAUUAAAUUAAUCAAAAUGAAGGAAGGAUGUUAAACUUUAGCAAAAGUUACUAGCUAUGCAAAAGCGGUAAAUAAAAUUGACAGAAGUAAAUGAUGGCACUGUUUCCAGCCUAUUCAUUGUCUAAAAAAAAUGUUGAAGAUGUUCCGGAAGAUCCACCGAUGUGGCCGGCGCACGCGGAGCCGCCCGAGCGCACGGAAGCGCAGCUGCUGGCCAGCGACAGCGACGAGGGCGAGCAGCCCGCGCCGCGGCGCGCCAGUCCGCCCGCCGAGAGCGCCGCCUUCUACCGCGACUGCCGGCGGGACCGCGGCAACCUGCGCGUGUCCACGCUCUACUACCCCGGCCGCCCAGAGUACUCUCGCGCCCGCGCGGUGCGAGCGCCCAAGCGGCCGCGCGCCGCGCGCUACUACGCGAGCCGCGCGCCCGACGCGCCCGAUGCGCCCGCGCGGCACGAGCGCGUGGCGGCCUUCCGCCGGCUGCUGGCCGCCGCGCCCGGCGACGCGGCGCUGUGGGAGCGCUUCGUGGACUUCCAGGAGGCCUGCGGCGGCGCCGACGCCGCGCUCGCGGCCGCCGACGAGGCCGCCGCCCGCCUGCCGCGCGCGCCCGGCCCGCGCGCGCGGCUGCUGACCGCGUUGCGCCGCGCGCUGCCGCCGCACGCCGCGCUGGCCCGCCUGCGCGCGCUGCUGGCCGCCGAGCGGGAGCCGCGCGCGCGCGUGCCGCUGUGGCUGGCGCUGCUCGACGCGCUGGCCGCCGCGCCCGGCGCCGACGCGGCGCAGCUGGACGCCGCCGCGGCCGCCGCGCUGGCCGACGCGCGCGCGCUGCCCGCCGCCUACCCGCGCCUGCUGUACGCCUUCGGCCGCCUGCUGCGCGCCGCCGGCCUGAGCGAGCGCCUCGUGCUGCUGGUGGAGCUGGUGGUGGCCAUGAACUUCGCGCCCGCCGCGCCCUUCCCGCCCGCGCCGCCCGCGCCGCCGGACGAGCGCGCGGCCGAGCUGCUGCUGCAGCGGCGCGAGGACGCGGUGCUGGCCAGCGGCCUGCCGCUGGGCGCCGUGUGGGUGCGCGUGGAGCGGCUGCGCGCCGAGGCGCACUGGCGCGCCCCGGUCGGGGCCGCCGGCGCCGACCCGCAGCGCACGCCGCUGCCGCACGACGUGGCCGACCUGCUGCUGCCGGUCGCGGCGCCCGCCGAGCUGCUGCGCCUGGCCGUGCGCCUGCUGCUGCUGGCCAAGGUGCCGCUGCUGCCGGCCGGCGAGGCGGCGGCGCGCUGGGCGGGCGGCGCGGCGGACGACGCCUCGGCGCUGCUGCCGCUGCUGGCGGCGGCGGCGGCGCUGCCGGCGGCGCACCGCGCGCACGUGGCGCCGGAGGAGGCGCGGCGCGCGCUGCGGCUGCUGCAGGACCCGCCGCACUACUUCAGCGCGGCGGCGGGCUACCUGCGCUGGGUGGAGGCGCUGUGGGACGCGCUGGGCGCGCGGCUGGGCGGCGCGGCGCGGCUGGCGCUGCUGUGCUGGCGCUUGCGCUGGCUGGGCGCGCUGGCGCGGCUGGGCGCGCGCGAGGAGGCGGCGCGGCUGCGCGCGUGCGCGCGGGCGCUGUUGCGCGCGGAGCGGCACCCGCUGGCCUUCGCGGAGUUCGCGCGGCUGGAGUGCGCGGCGGCGGGGCGGGCGCGCGGCGCGGCGGCGGGCGCGGGCGCGCUGCGCGGCGCGCUGCAGCGGUCGCUGGCGGCGCCGCACUGCCUGUACGCGGCGCGCGCGGUGGCGGAGGCGAGCGCGGCGGGCGCGCAGCUGAGCGCGGCGGGGCGCAGCGCGCUGGUGAGCGCGGCGCUGGGCCGCGCGGUCGAGGAGCCCGACUCCGCGCAGCUGGCGGCCGCGCUGCGACGGUGCGAGGAGCAGUGCGACGCGCUGGAGGCGGCGUACGAGGCGGCCGACGCGGCCGACUCGGCCGACGGCGUCGACGCCGACGCCGACCCGGCCGAGGAGGACGCCGAGCUGCUGCUGCUGCCGGGCGACGCGGAGUGGGCGCGCGCGCGCGCGCUGCUGGCCCCGCCGCUGCGCCGCCAGCAGCUGUUGCGCCGCCUGCUGGCGCGCGCGCCGGGCGGCGCGGCGCGCGGCGGCGCGGCGCUGCGCUACUGGGAGGCGGGCGGCGAGGCGCUGGCGGCCGCGGCGGCGCGCGAGGGCCGCGCCGGCGCCGUGGCGCGCGACCUGCUGCCGCUGUUCCCGCACAACGCGCAGCUGGCGCUCGGUGAGUGGCUCGCUCGGUCCGCAGAAUUGUUAAUUUCCCUAAGAGCCUUCCGGAAGAAGCACUUCAGAAUUAUAGAGGCGGUUUACGUUCUCGUCGAUAAAGAUAUUAAAAAGCCCGAGUUCCAAAAGUGCGCGGGCGCGCCGCUGUGGGCGUGGAGCGGCGCGGGCGGCGCGGCGGCGCGGCUGCGCGCGCUGGCCCCGCGCGGGGACGCGGCCGCGCUGGCGGCGCUGCUGCCGGCGCUGGCGCGCGCGCUGCGCUCCGACUUCGCGCCGCCCGACGCGGAGCGGCUGGUGCGGCUGGCGCGGCGCGCGGGCGGCGCGGGCGCGCUGCCGUGGCUGCUGCGGCUGGAGGCGGAGGCGCGCGCGCCGCGCCCGCGGCUGCCGCACGCGCUGUACGCGGCGCUGGACGCCGUGCCCUACGCCAAGUGGCUGUACGUGCGCGGCGCGGCGUGGUGCGGCGCGGAGGCGGCGGCGCUGGCCGACGCGCUGCUGGAGCGCCAGCUGCGCCUGCACGCGCUGCCCGACGAGCUGCGGCCGCUCGCGCCGCCCGGCGCCGCCGAGCUGCCCGCGCCGCCGACGGACGGCGCGGGCGACGACGGCGACGGCGCGGGCGACGGCGGAGCUCCCGCUGAAUGA